AUGGACAUUUCAUCAUGCCUUGGUCCCAUUGAAGAAAGAGAUACUGGUGAUGACGGAGAGGCAUCGGAGAAAGAAAACCACACAUCGGCCGAUAACACAAACCAAUCAAAGCAUGGAAUUAACAGACAGAAACGUCCAAUUUCAAUGAGUAUACAAACCAUGACCGAUUCAGAGGUCAACCACGAAGUCGUGAAAACAAUUUCCGAAUGGCGAGGAACCCGACAACGGAGAAAUACCGAGGAGGAAAAACGCCAGACCUGGCGACGAUCGCUCAAUAGUCCAAUUCAACAGUUUUUCUGGACUGAUGUAUACCCGAUAGAGCAGGACGAGAAGGGCGAGAUGACAGCCAGUCCUAUAAUAGAGGAGCAUGCUGUCUGCGAUGAGGAGGAAUUUGUUUUCCUGUCCAAGGACGAGCAUGGAAAUCCCGUGUUCAGUCCAGCUCUUCAUGCAGCCAGACAAGCUGGGAAUGAAGACGCUAUUAGGGGGAACUUGGACAAUUCUAAGAAUAUGAAGGCUAUGAAUUCUUCCGAAAGCAAAGCAGGAAUCGAAAAUAACGGUGGCGAUGAUAUGGCAGCUGGAGAACACCUGGUUGGAAGAGUCGAAGUUCUCACGAUACAUGACUUCUGA